AUGCUUCUUAUUGUUAUAUUUCAUGCUUAUUACUUAACUUGUAAUUAUUUAAUUCUUAUAUUUAGAAAAUAUUCUCUCAAGAUAAGAAUGUCAAACAGAUAUUUGUAUUUGUCAUGGUUCCUCAGAACAAUGUCGUUGUUAUUUCUAUCAAACCCCUUAUUGUGAUGGUUAUGGACCUAGUUAAACCUGUUCUACUAAUCCUGGAUGCUUAGGAUGUGAUGAUAAUUCAUCAUGUAUUGCUUGCAUUUCAUAGUAAUAAUUUGUUGAUUCAUCAUAAAAUUGUGUCGAUUGCCCAGAACAUUGUUUAACUUGUACAUCUCAAUCAAACUGUUAGAGUUGCCUUACAAAUUAUUAUUAUUUAGAUAAUGGACUUUGUAAAUAAUGUGAAUUUCCUUGUUAAUAAUGCAAUUCAUAACAAAAUUGUCUAUCAUGUGUGUCAUAAUAGUUUUAUCUUAUAUCUAGUAUUUGUAGACUAUGUGAUCCUCCAUGUCUCACAUGCUUAAAUUAAACACAAUGUCUAACUUGUAUAGAUAAUUCUUAUUACCUUGAUUAAUUUCACUGUGUUCCAUGCUAAUUCCCUUGUUUAACUUGUUCAAAUUAAAACUUUUGUUAGAGUUGUGUUUUAGAUAACUAUAAAUUAGAUAAUGGAUUAUGUAUCAAUUAAUGUCCUUUAAAUUGUCUAAUUUGUGAUAAAAGUUUAUAAUGCAUUAAAUGUGAAGAUGGUAAUUAUUUAAAUGCCAGUAACAGUUGUGUUAAAUGUUAAGAUCCAUGUGAAAAUUGUUUAAAUAAAGAAAUAUGUAUUACAUGUUAAAAUCAAUACUUUCUGUAAAAUUAAAAUUGUAUUUAAUGUCAAUAACCUUGUCUUACUUGUUUAGAUUAAUAGAAAUGUAAUAGUUGUAUAGAUGGAUAUUAUUUAUAUAAUCAAACUUGUAAUUAGUGUUCAUUAAACUGUUUGAAAUGUGAUUAAUUUAGAUGUUAUUAAUGCAAUAAAAAAUCAUAAUUGUUAAAUGAUUAAUGUAUAGAUUGUACAAUACCAUUGAAUUAAACUCUUGAUAUUUGCAAUUAUUAAGAUUGUCAAGAUGGUAUAUGGACUUAAGGAGAAGAAUGUGACAAUGGUAAUUCAUAUGGUUGUAUUAAUUGUAUUAUGCAAAAUGGUUACUAUUGUAUUAAUUAAAUUGGAUAACCAUCUUAAUGUUUAAGAUGUAUAGAAAAUUGUAUACAAUGUAAUAAUGAUAGAUCCUGUUAAGUAUGUAAAGAGGGAUAUUUUUUAAAUCCAAAUAACUAAUGUUAGGAAUGCAAUAAAGAAUGCAAAACAUGUAUUAAUCAACCAAAUAAUUGUUUAUCUUGUAAAAUAAGUAAUUAAUAUUCUUAAUAAUGUCAAUUAUGUGAAAUAAAUCUAGGAUAUUAUACAGAUUUUGAAAAUAAUCAAUGUUAUUCAAAAUGUGGAGACAAUAUUAAGACAGUAUUUGAAUAGUGUGAUGAUGGGAAUAAUUUAAAUGGAGAUGGAUGUUCUUCUAAAUGUUAAAUUGAAGAUGGUUUCUAUUGUAUUGAUGGUCAUUGUGAUACUCUUAUUUAAGGUGAUAUUCAAGUUUCUUAAUAAUAAGCCAAUUUGAAUACACCUUCUAAAUAGUUUGUUAUUCAAUUUAAAAACUACAUUUUGAAUUCAGAUUCAGAUAUUGUACCUAUCAUCUAAUUUUUAAAUUGUUAAAUUAAUUAAUCAUUGAUUGUAGUUAAAUAAAAUAUAACAGAAGAAAACUACUUUUAACAUAGAGUAAUUGAAAUAAAUAUAGAAUUUUAAAAUAAUUGUUUAAAAGAUAAAAUGGAAGUCAGUAUUGUUUAGAAAUAUAAAAAUAAUAAUAAAAAAAGUAUCCUUUUAUCUUUUCUAACUUUUCAAAUAUUUGAUAUUUUAUUCAUUGAAUAAUGGAAAUAAUUUUUUAAUGAAAUAGUGAUCUCUUUUAAUUAGACUUUAUUUUACAUUUUUGGUUUUGUUUGUUUAGCAACAUUUUUAACAGGAACAAUAGAAGUUGUUUAUAAUGCAAUAGAUCUAAUAUAAAUGUUUUCAUAUUUAAAAUACAUUAAUGUAAAUUUACCAUACAAUUUAUAAAAGUAUUUUGAUCUAUUUAAAUUUGCAUAAUUACAAUACUUUUCUAAUUUCACAAAAUAAGUUGCUUUAACAUUUUUGACUUAAAAAGAAUUAGAUUAAUAUAAUUAUUUACCUGAUAAAAUUAAAAGGGAUGGAUAUUAUUCAUAUUGUUUAUUGAAUUAUCCAUUUUUGUUUUUAAUUUUUGUAUUUGCAAUAUUAUUGUAUCCAAUGGCUAAAUUAUUAUUAAGAUAAUUACAAAGAUUUUAAAUAAGAAUAAAAGAAGAUGAUGAUGAUUCAAUCCUAUUAAAAAUAAAACUCAUUUAAUUGCAUAUAAAAUUAUAUAUUCAAAAAUCCUGUCAAUACAUAAUAAAUAAAUUAUAUUUCUCAGGAUUCAUAUCAACUCAUAUGAUAUUAACUUAUGACAUUUUAUUUGUUUCAUUGUUAAAUCUAUUUGAUUUAAAAAUACUAUUUACAACUAAUAAUACCUUUAUUUUAAUUAACUUGUAUAUAGCCAUUCUUUUAACCAUAAUUCAUUGUUCACUAUUAUUUAUAUACUACUCUAUGCUUGCUAAAUAAACAUAUUUAUUAGAAUAAAAAGAAAAUGUUAGAAAAUGUGGUUCACUCUUUGAAGGUCUAAAAAUUGGUAAAACAUCUUGUACUCAUUUCUAUAAACUAUUUAUACUUAUUAAAAAAUCAUUGUUUAUGAUUCUGAUAACUUUUUGUUCAUCAUUUCCAUAUUGUUAAAGCUUAUCUAUAUCCUUUUUAAGCUUUAUUUAAGUACUCUAUUUAUAUAAUUAUAAACCAAUUAUUUCAAUGAUAGAAUAUAGAAAAUAAUUAAUAAGUGAAUUUUGUGUAUUACUAUUAUCCUUAUUCAUAACAUUAUUAAUACUUAUGCAUGACACUCAUUAAGAUAUGUUAUUCUAUUCUGAUAUAUUAGGUUGGAGUUCUAUUAUAUUAAUGUCUAUGUUAUUACUUUUUUAAAUUAUUUUGGAUAUCAAAUAAUAAUUCUUAAUUUGUCAAAAAAAGUUUAUCCUCUUUCAUAAAAUAUUAUAAUCACUCUAAACCAAAUUAUAAAAGGUCUUUCAAAGUUUUGGUUCAACUUAAAGUAAAGCUAAUUCAAAUGUAGUUCUAUUCUAUUGA